AAGAGGGGGGUAAUGGCGGCGGGUAAUGGCGGCGCGGCGCUGAGGGGACGGGAGGGAAGCGCAGCGGCCGCUCCGCACCACCGCCAUCGCCAUCACCCUGCGCCAUCGCCCCGCGCCGCCGGCCGGCGGAGGGAGGGGAAAGGCGCCGCUUCCGCCGCGGCGGGGCGGGCCUGGGCGGAGAGCGGCGGCGCGGCGGGGCGCGGUGCGGCGAUGGAAGCGAAUCCCAUCGUGACGUCCAAGCAGCGAGAGGAGGUGGUACACGGGGUCCCCACGGAGGUGGUGUGCACAGCAUUCUCCAACUCCAUCCUUGUGGUAGUCACACAGUAUGGCAAGAUGGGCACAAUCGUUUAUGUGGACCCCAACACAGUCGGUGACAACGUGGGCAGGCCCUCACUGACCACAAAGGUGCUGCUGGGCAAGGAUGAGCCCCUCGUUCAUGUUUGUGCCAAAAACCUGGUGGCAUUCGUGUCUCAGGAAGCUGGGAACAAACCCGUUCUUCUCGCCAUGGCUUUAAAGGACAAGACCAUGGAAGGAAUACAAGCUCUACGGGAAGUGAUCCGAAGUUGCCAAGUGUGGUGAAGUUGUGCCAUCUGGAUUCAAGGAAAUGAUCUUGAGUCUGUGACUCAUCACCACCUAUUUAAAAGGACAAGAAAUGAAAAUGAUGGAAUGUCUUUGUGCUGGUUUUGGACGAACUGAGGAAUUUCAUGAAUUUUUCUCUACUGUGUAGAACAUUUGUGGGUUUUGUUACUGUGACAGGUUUGCAGUCCAUACAGUCAGUGAUGAGACGAGGGCAAUUGUCUCAACAUACAAGAGAAGUGUUAUUUUAAUCAUGUUGGGUGGGAUGUAUAUUUGGGAAGUGGCGUGGCUCUGCGUUUGUAUCCUAAGGAGCAAUGGAUGCCAAGCUCUGGAGCUACGCUGCACCGCAGAGGGGGAACACCCAGUGCAGGGUGAAUAAAAGAAACACUGACAAAUCUAA